UCCUGUCUCUCCGUUCAUGAAAUCUCGAAGACUGAAAGGGUGCGCGCAGACUCCUGUUUGAUCCUCGCUUUUUGCUCAUCAAUAUCUCCGGAGCGGACGAGGAUACAAGGACAACCCAUGGAGACGGACAACGGUAAUGACCGCGGUCCCGAAUACUUCUCCGGAGAGCUCGAAUUUUGCUCCGUCUGCGGGAGCAUUCUACCAUUAGCUGAUGCGACGAAAUUCGUUGUGUGCCGACUGUGUUCAACGUCUAUCCCUAUCGAGAACUUCCACGGCAUGGAGACGAAGUCUGUUGUGGUGUACAAUGAUCGCGAGACGGCGCUCAAAGGUGCUGUACAAAAAGAUGACGGGGUGGUUGGUCCAACGGUGGACAGAGUCUGUGUGAAAUGUGGUCGUGAAGGCAUGACAUACGCCACACUUCAAACCCGGAGUGCUGACGAGGGCCAGACAAUUUUCUACUCCUGUCCAGAUUGUGGUCAUCAAGAAAACGAGAAUUCGUGAUCGAAUUCAGAGAUUGACUGAAUAUCGAGUUUGUUGUGAUAUUGCAUGAUUGAAGUUUGUGAACAUGCAGAGAACCUGUUCAGCUAGCAGCUAGCUGCUUCUCUCGAAUAAAGGCCAGAUUCAU